AUGAUUGAUUCAAAAAUUUGUUUUGUAGCAAAAUCGCCAAGUUAUCAUUUAGGUGAUAUUCGACUUUUAAAGUUAACAUCAUAUCAACAAUUAGAACAUUUAUAUGAUGUUAUUGUUUUUCCAACGAAAGGUCAACGUCCACAUCCAAAUGAAAUUACUGGGAGUGAUUUAGAUGGUGAUAAAUAUCUCAUUUGUUGGGAUUAUGAUUUAAUUCCAAAACAAACAAAUAAGCCAAUGAAUUAUAAUUCAACAUCAAAAGUAAAAGAAUCUGAAUUCAUUACACGAAAAGAAAUGAUAUCUUAUUUUGCUAAUGCACAAAAAACUAAUCAAUCAGGAAUUAUUGAUAAUUAUUUCAAUUAUUGGGCGAAUCUUCUUGGAGUUAAUUCAACACAAUGUCGUCGAUUAGCAGAAUUAUUUUCUAAAGCUGUUGAUGCUCCAAAAACUGGACGAAAAAUAUCGAAUUCCAGUUCAAUUGAAACCACCAAGAAAAGAAGAAGAACAACAACAACAGAUAAAUAA